AUUUUUUUCCUUCUUUUUUUAUUUUUUCUUUUGUUCUUUUUGGCGUUUCAUCGCUCGCUUUCUCGCUCUCUCUCCUCGUCCCCUCGGCAGACUCGCGUCUGUGCACUGUGACAACACGAGCAACCUACUUCCAAGGACGCCGACAAGCCCUUGGCAACGGACAGCCUGAGAAACCAAGCCAGCCGAAACCAAAAAAAAAACCAAAAAAAAAAAACGCGGGAAAACGCCAAACUCAUUUUCUCUCAUGUCGUCGUGGCAGGCCUCCCCGUGCUUGCUCUCUCCAAUGGCUGGCAGCCGUGCUGACUCUGCGAAGGCGCUCGUUUCUAACAGCACCAGCAGCAGCAGCAGCAGCUCUGCAGCGAAGACGCGCUCGCCUCUCAUCGUCUCGCUGGUGGACGACGACGACGACGAAGCGCUCGACGCCAUCGUCCACCAGCCUUCACGCUCGCCGCCGCAGCAGCAGCAGCCGCAGCAGCUGCCACACCAGCAUCGGCGUCACACAGAGCCUUUGAUGACGUCUACCACUGUUGCACCAGCACUGCACACUCAUCCAGAGCGCAGCUCGCAGUCUGUCUUGCUCUGGGACAACAAAGACGCCGCCAUGCUGCUCAAGACGAAUGCAGACGCUCCAGAGUGCCCAAGCUCGCCACCAUCGAGCUUUGAGGCGUUUCUGCGCUCUGCUGUGAAGAAUCAUGGGCAGAGCGAGGCCUCUUUGAAAGCGGGACAGACGGGCCUUGAGCUGAACGAUUUCUUGCUUUUGGACGAAGCGGCCGACUUUAACGACUUUGUCGAUCUGGACCUCGCUUUCGACGACCAUCUCGACCCCGAGCCUGAAUCACGGGUCGAUGAUGAUUCGCGUGAGCGACGAUCCCGGUGUGCUCCGUCGUCCAACCUGUCUGCCCUCUUUGAGAACCUCGAAGACGAAGGUUUGGACGCCGACGCGACCACGAACAACGACUCUGCCCAAGUGGACCUCGCUCUGAACGACACGACUCCCCUUGAGCAGCUGCCGCCGAGUCGUGGCCAGCUGCCGGAUUCGCACGCACCAAUUCCGCAGCUUGCUUCCGCACUCCCAGAGCUUGACGCGGAAUCGUCGUUCGCUCGCACGACACAUCGGCAGCAAACGUUCUUGCAGGAGGAGCAUCAACGGCUGGCACCGCAGAAGCGGCAAACCAAGCGCCGUCCGAAGCCAACAGUUCGUUUUCGGCAAUCCACGCUUCACCAAGCGCUCUACAGCCAGCACGCCGCAUCGACCAUUCCGGCAACGCAUUCUGUUGCUGCCUCUGCCGCUGCUUACCCAAGACGCUACGCGCAUGCGUUUGCCAAGGCAACAACGGUGGCUAUGGAAGAUCCCGAAGAUCGUGAUGAUGGGCUGCUUGAGGCGGAUGAUCUCCGUGUUGAUGGCCAAGAGCCCCUUGAGUCUUGGAAGUCGCAAGAGACGCACGAGACACACGACACGCACGAGCCACAAGAGCCACAAGAGCCACAAGAGCCACAAGAGCUUGAAGAACCUCAAGAACUAGAGUCUGCCUCUGCUCCGCUCAACCUAGCCGCUCACCGGCUCAUCAACGUGCGGAUUAUGCCCACGUGUUCCCUCGCUUCCAACGGACAUCACUCGACUCAGCGGGAUAUGAAAGAGGCGAUUUUGCGCGCCAAGAUGGAGAAUCGGAGAAUCAUCAAACUCGCCAAACGCCGCUUUGAGGAAGAGAAUGCUGCUCCUCCCAAAGCGCAGACGAAGCGCCCGCGCGAGCAAAAUCAAUCCUCGUCGAACGCUGAAUCGGCCUGUGACCGCCUUGUUGAUGAUGUGAGCUCGCAUCCCGCCGAGAGUUUUGCCACGCCAAACCAUUCACACCCGUCGAAUCGCCCUGUUUCAUCUGGGCCAGUGACACGACGAAUGAGUUUGUCUGUUGCUGACGACGACGACAACGCGGCAAUCUCUCGCAAAAGUCGGAUCACCCAGGUCGAGAAAAUCCCACUCCCAAUUGUCGAGGAUGCCACUCGUGUGUACCGCAAAAUGCCUGUGCUCAUGAGCGCUCACCAUGCCAGCUGCAUCGAUCAACUCGAGGCCUCUGUACCGGACGAUCCAGAGCUUUUGCAUGCCAAUGCGUACGAUUUGAGCAAAGUGGCUUCCGGUCGAUCCCACCGGAAGAACGGCCCUGAUUCUCAUCGCCAAGCCGGCGAUGCUGUGUUGUGUGUUGGGACUGUCACCGACCAGCAGCUUGUUUUGGCGUACGCACCCCACUGGCAGAAUUUUCGGGAGGCCUUGUUGAAGGAGCACGUUUCGCUGCCCGACUGCAAGCUCAUGGGCCUCUCACGCCAGGCCGCCUGCAACCUCAGAAACUUUGACAACAUCGCUGAAGCUGCGUACAAGCUUUCUGGCUCGCCGCUCUCGUACUUUCGGCUUGUCCUGAACGACCGCGGCAGUCUCUUUUGUCGGUACAAGUAUCACAGCAUCCGCUUCCAGUGCUGUGCAUCCAUUUACCAUCGUGCAUUCCAGUAUACGACAAGUGGACUCGUCCCUUUCUUCAUUGUCUACGACUAUUACGAUCCUGCCCUCAAGCCCAGCGAGUCGAUUUGAGCUUGAGCCGAACGUUGUUGUUGUUGUUGUUGGAUCUUGUUAGAUCUUGUUGGAUGCUGUUGUUGUUGAAAGAAAAAAAUUGUUGUCAUCGUACAAACUCGUUUGCUCCUUAC